AUGCGGCUGAUCGCGGCAGCCCUCCUUGUGGUCCUCGUGUCGUCGGCGACGAUACGAAAGCCGCCCGUCAGCCGCCUGCACGGCCUCAUAGCAGCGGCCGAGUGGCAAGCACACACCCUGCUGCAGCAGCACGGGUCGGCUGAGGCGGCCCAAGCUCUGGUGACCGCCGCUCACGAGGCGGCGCAGGGACUGCGCGCUCUUGCCGCAGGCACCACUGAUGUCGAGGCCGGCCUGCACGCCGUGCUCUCCGAAGUGCUCGUUGUGCUGCACCAGCUGGGCGCAGUCCAGGAUGGAGAGCAGCUGGACGUCACCACGCCCGUGUCUUUUCUGGACAAGAUCCUGGAGGAGCUGCAGUCGUUGGUGGACAAGUACUUGCCCAUCCUUGGGCCAAUCAUAGGCCUGACGGAGAAGCAGGCUCUGGAGGCGCGCAAGCAGUUCGACAAGUUCGUGGCGGACGUGGAGGCGCUGGAGCACGGCCAGGUGCCAACAACCGACGGCCUCGAAGCUAUGAUCACUGACAUCCUCGAGAUUCUGAAGAUCGGUAUUGACUACAAUGCGCCUACUGACGAUACGCCGACCGCGCUCGACGGUUUGUUGGCCCAGCUGGAAUCUGCACUGGAUACCGUGCUCGGGCUUUUGGGCCCGAUCCUGGGCCUGACCGACGACCAGAUCAAGGCCGCCGAGGCAGACAUCGACACCCUUAUCAAGGACAUCGAGGCCAUCGAGCACGGCGACGUCGACGUGGACGGCGGUCUGGAGACCGUGCUGAUGGACCUCGUCAAGAUCCUGCACGAAUUCGGCAUCCAGACCAGCCUUAGUUUCGACGUUCAGGGCACCACGGCUCCGUCGGUCAUCGACUUGAUCUUGGAGGAGCUGAAGCACGUCGUGGACACCUACAUGCCAAUUAUCGGCCCGGCGAUCGGCAUCACCAAAGAAGAGUACGAAUCCAUCAUAACCAAUUUCGACAAGUUCGUCGCCGACAUCGAGGGCAUGGAGCACGGCACAAUUGAGAUCGCCGACGGCGUCAUCGACAUCUGCACCGACAUCCUACAUGUUCUAGAGGCCUUCGGAGUGGAUGUCACAGUUCCCUCCACGGACGCUCCGACCACACUCGACGAGGUGCUCUUUUGGCUGGAGGAAGCGCUCAACGCCGUGCUCGACAUCGUCGGCGUCUUCAUGGGGCUCGACUACGACCAGACCAAGCAGGUGGAGGCCGACCUUCACGUGCUGAUGGCUGACAUCCGUGCCCUGGGCGACGGCCAGAUUGACGUGGACGGAGGUCUGGAGGCCAUCCUGCUCGACAUCCUCAAGAUCUUGGGCGACUUUGGCAUACCGACCGACCACCUAGCGUCCAGCGACUCCA